AUGCUUUUGCCGCGGACGUCUGCUUGUCCAACCAAUGCCGGCGCCCGUAUCCUCCCCCGCGGACCCAGAGUUGUGGUUUCUUAUUCCCUACGUGUGCCUGGCUACCAUAUCUCCUACCACCCCAAGAAGCUUGCAAUUGCUUCCCCGACUUGGUUGGUGGUGUCGUCACAAGUAUUGAUGAUCUUCGCCAGAGACUUUAGCAUUGGUGCUGGCGGCGAUGUCAAAUCACUCAGGCUAAUGCCGCUAGAGAGUUUUGCGACUCGUCGUGCCCUAUCGCUGCUCCGGCUUAGUGAGCAUGUCUACGCUAUCUUCACCGUUGAGGGAUUUACUUUUUCACGUACCUUUCCUCUAAGCACAAGGUGCAUUUUUUCCUGCCCCUGGAAAGCCAUGUCGAACUGGACACGUUGGCACGUUGAUAAGACUUCAGGGGCUGACUCCACAUCUCACAAUCACGUACUUAAGCCCAACACUUCCGUCUAUGUUAAAUUACAUGGAGCUCACGCGCCGCAUAUCGCCAGCGCGACUGUAGGACAUCUGCGCGAAUCUCAUAUUCCUUUCAUAUCGCUAUCAGCAGCCAAAGUCGAGCGUUUCACGCAGCCAGUGAUCGCUCUGAGAAGUUUGAUGAACUUCAUAUGCGUGUCGUCGCCCUCGUGUGCUGGUUCUUGA